AUGUCGGGGUUUACUCAGUUUACAAUCGAGCAGGCGACGAUCUCGAGCAAGCUGUGUCUUGUUGGUGAUGUUCCAAGAAUCAGAAGAGCAGGCAUGGUAUAUUACUCUGUUUCUCACAAACUAACCAGUGCAAUUUUAUACGGAUUAAAACUAGCUAAUACACCAACUUCGGAAAAAUUAAGAUAUGAGGACGGAGUGACUACCUUGUUGAAGGUCGGUUUAGUUUCAUAUUUUAUUUGGUCCGAGAACCCUCUCAAUAUUCUUGGUUCUGUUGGUCAAUUAUCUUUUGAAGAUCCAGCUUGUUCAUCUAUUAAAGAUAAUGAAUUAACAACAGAGGAGAUUAAAUCUUUAUGCGAGGAUUUAUAUGUCCUGGAUAAACAUGGCUUUAAGCAACUCUUGAAGGACACGAUGUUGCAAGAAUCUCAAAAACUUAUCAAUCGAAACCCGUCGGAAAUUUACUUGAAUGAUGCCUAUCCAUGUAGUAUGUUUUAAUGUAAUCUUUUUAUUUAAGUGAACAAUUUUUGAGUUGGUCUGUAAAUAGGUUUCUUCUAUCAGUGAAUAAUUUGGAAUAAUUUUUGUUUGCGAUGGAUGUUGUUCUAUUAAUAUAUAUGCUCAUACAAAGGA